CACUGGUUGGAGUGGAGGGGCGGGACUCGAUAUCCGCGCCGGGGCCCCCCUCCGCGCUGUCCGGUCACGCUCGGGGCGCUGUUUGCUCCACCUCCCCCUGUGUUUUCCCGGGGCCUCUGCAGGCCCCCGCCUGUCCAUGGAAGGCGGAAACGGCUGCGGGGUCCGGCUCCUUGCCAAGGGGUCUAAUCCUCGCCGCCAUGUCCGGGGGCUUCGAGCUGCAGCCGCAGGACGGCGGCCCCCGGGUGGCCCUGGCGCCCGGGGAGACGGUGAUCGGCCGCGGGCCGCUGCUGGGAAUAACAGAUAAGAGAGUAUCCAGAAGACAUGCUAUUCUUGAAGUGGUGGGUGGUCAGCUUCGAAUCAAGCCGGUACACACAAAUCCAUGUUUUUAUCAGUCUUCUGAGAAGAGCCAGCCCUUACCAUUGAAGACAAAUCUGUGGCGCUGUUUGAAUCCUGGAGAUAGUUUUUCUUUAUUAGUUGACAGAUACAUUUUCCGUGUUUUGUCUACACAUUCUGAAACGGAAAUGGAAUGUACUUUAAGAAACAGUCAAAUGCUUGAUGAAGAUGAUGUAUUGAAUGAAACACCAAAAUCUUCCUUGAUUGAUUUGCCUGAUGAGACCCCUGGUGCCCCACAGCAGGAAAGAAGCAUGGAAAUAGCAAAGACCCAGACUGCUACAAAUAGUGUGUCUUUCCUAGGUGAAGGUAGAGACUUAAGUAAGCAACAGCCAGACCCUUCGCAGAGGAAAAGAAUCCUUCCAGCAUGGAUGUUAACAGAAAAUCUAAGUGAUCAGAACCUUUCAGUACCAGUCAUCAAUGGAGAUAAUAAUGUAAUCCAGGAAAGUGGAAAAGAAGGAAUCUGCAAAGGUAAAACCCAAGUAAACAUAACACAGCAAGGAAAGAAGCGAUUAAUUUUAUCAGGAAGUGCAGAAAGUACAUCAGUAGAGCAAGACACAAGAAAAAAGUGCAAAAAUGCUGAUCAAGAAGAGUCUGUCAUUUCAUAUAAGGAAACACCACAAUCACUUUCUGCAAUCACGUUAGAUAACACAGAGGUAAAUAACAUGAAGACUAAUACACAGAGAAACAAAAUCCCAGUAGAGGAACUUGGUAAGGUUUCUGAACACAAAAUCACCAAUAAGGGAGCACCAAAUAAAGACAGCAAGGCGAGAAGUUGUUCUGAGAGUUGUUCAAGUGUCCAAGGCAAGUCCUUCCAUGACGAGUCUCAAAGAUCCCAUCCUGGGUCCAGCUCUGAUCCCGCCAGCCCUGAAACUCUGCAUGCAAAGGCAGCUGUUUCAGUUCCACAGGAUUCGGAAGAAAACAAGGUCAAGAGAACAUCCUGCAUGUAUGGGGCAAACUGCUACAGGAAGAAUCCUGUCCAUUUUCAACACUUCAGUCACCCUGGUGAUAGUGAUUAUGGAGGUGUACACAUUGCAUGUCAAGAUGAGGCUGAUGACCGGCCCGAAUGUCCCUAUGGAGCAUCUUGUUAUAGGAAGAAUCCCCAGCACAAGAUAGAAUAUAGACAUGAUACAUUUCCAGUGAGAAGCAUUUCCGACGAAGAUGACAGUGUUGGGCAGCCCGAUGAGUACAACCUGAAUGACAGCUUUAUAGACGAGGAGGAGGAGGAAUACGAGCCAACAGAUGAAGAUUCCGACUGGGAACCAGGAAAGGAAGACCUAGAGGAGGAAGAUGUGGAAGGGCUUUUGAAAGAAGCAAAAAAGUUUAUGAAGAGAAAAAAGUGAAAAUAGCAAGUUGUCUGCAUUCAAGAUUCUGGCCUUUUAUUUCAAGAAGAAACCCCUUCUUCUCCAAUUUUAUGUAGUAUAUCUCUGUAUCUCUUUCUUAAACUACUUUAGGCUCUGUAAUACUCUUUAGAUCACUUAGAAUCUUUGAAAUAUAGUUUAGAAUAUUUAAUUUGCAUAUGUAUACAGCAGUAGAUACAGUAUUGAAAUCAUAAAUCAUAAACCAAAAGUUUCCUUGUUAAACUAAUAUUUUCUAUUCUAAGAGAACCUAAAAAUGUAUAUCUUAAGAGCAAGACAGAUUUAUAAUUGUUUUUUUAGUGUUUUUAAAUUUGUUUUCAAGUAAUUACAUAAUAUUAAAAUUUACUUAAAUUACA